AUGUCUAACCUUGUCCAAUUAGACCUAGGACGAAAUCCAAAAUCAGGAACAAUCCCAGAAGAGGUAGGGAAUCUUGUCAAUCUGUAUCGAUUAGAUAUGGAUGGAAACCUUUUUUCUGGUAGUAUCCCCAUUUCUUUUGGAAAGCGGCAAAAGCUGGAAAGGCUAACCUUAAAUCACAAUCUACUUUCUAGAGAAAUCCCAGUGUUCCUAGGUCCUUCACACCCAGAAGCUGACAACUUGAAAAGUACUAAUGCAUUUGAUGUCUCAGAGAACAUACUCUGUGUUCCUAAGACAAUACGCGAUUGUUCAAAGCUAGAAAUCCUUAACAUGCAGGGUAACUUCCUGCAGGGACCCAUUCCCUCAUCUUUCGUUUCUUCGAAAGGUCUCCAACGAAUAGAUCUGUCCAGAAACAACUUGUCAGGAAAUAUUACAAAUGAGAAGCUAAUCUUCUUGCAAUAUUUGAAUCUUUCUUUCAAUAAUUUUGAGGGUGAGGUACCAAAAACAGGAGUUUUUAGCAAUGCAAGCGCAUUUUCGCUUGUUGGAAAUAGAAAUCUUUGUGGAGUUAUCCCAGAAUUGCAGCUACCAGAAUGCCCUGGCAAAGAAGAGAAACACAGAAAGCCUUCCAUUGUUACAAUCCUCGCCACAACCAUCAGUUCAAUUCUGUUUGUCAUGAUAGUGAUGUCCUUAUGUGUUUUCUAUUGGCCAAAGUCAAGAAAGAGUCCAAUUUUCUCCCCUUUCACAGUGGAUAAGCUCCCUCAAAUUUCAUACAAGGAACUCUUGCAAGCAACUGGCGGAUUCUCUUCAGAAAACUUAAUUGGACAAGGCAGUUUUGGCUCAGUAUAUAAAGUAAUUCUUCAACAGCUAGGAGAAUGUUUUGUGGCUGUAAAGGUGCUCAAUCUUCAGCAACAUGGAGCUUCCAAGAGCUUCAUUGCUGAGUGCAAAGCAUUGAAAAUCAUCAAGCAUCAAAAUCUGGUUAAAAUCUUGACAUACUGCUCCAGCAUUGAUUUCAAAGGCAACAAUUUCAAAGCUUUAGUGUAUACAUUUAUGGAAAAUGGCAGUUUGGAAAUGUGGUUGCAUCCAGAGGGAAAUGGUUAUAGUCAGAGAAAGAAAUUAAUCUUUUUUCGAAGACUAUGCAUUGCCAUUGAUGUGGCUUCUGCAUUGCAUUAUCUUCAUGACCAUUGUGGAAUGCAAAUCGUUCAUUGUGACUUGAAGCCGAGCAAUAUUCUUCUUGACAAUGACAUGACUGCUCAUGUUGGAAAGAGACCAACUCAUGAAGUUUUUAUAGAUGGCUUAGAUCUCCACAACUUUGUUGAGGCUAAGCUCCCAGGACAAGUCAAGCAGGUUAUGGAUCCCACAUUAUUCACUCUAGGAGAAGUGGGGGAAGCUACGAUGGCAGAAAAUAUGGAUGAUGAAAGUAUUGAAGAUAGUGUACGAGAAUGUGUUGUAUCAGUCCUUCAAAUUGGAGUCACAUGCUCUGCAGUAGUGCCACAAGAUAGAAUGAAUAUGACGGAUGUUAGAAAGCUGGAUCAUGGCUUGCAACACAGCAAAGGAGGCUUGGGAGGGGCUGAAAGAAGAAUACUAAGGAGGAUGAAACAAUUAGUAAGUAUGCGAAUCUCCUUAAUUGUUAAGAACAUUAGACUGCUUGGUGAGGAAUUUGCAGACCAAAGGAUAGUGGAGAAAGUUCUUGUAACUCUUCCUGAGAGGUUUGAAUCCAAGAUCUCCUCUCUUGAAGAGUCCAAGGACCUAAACAAAAUCUCAUUAGGUGAGCUGAUGAGUGCUUUUUAA